AUGUUUGUCGCGCCAUGGGCCCCUGACUACUCGCCGGACGAACCGCCUCUCUCUUCUGCUAUCGUUCCUGUUGAGAUGAGAAAUGUUCCUUAUCUGCUCUUCAACCGGGAAAGCCUCAGUCGCAUUGCGACCGCAGUAGGCAAGCCCGACUCGUUAGCACCAGAAACAGAACGCAAGGAAAAUUUUGAGGUGGCCAAGUUGUACGUAAGGGUUGAUCUUACAGCACCUCUUCCAGAUAAGAUUGUAUCUGGCUUCACUAAUGGAAGGGAGGUUGUGAUUGAUGUUUCAUACCCAUGGCUACCGGUGAAGUGUCACUUAUGUAACAAGUUUGGACAUAAACCAGCUAAGUGCCCUGAGGGGGUACCUGACGGUGUUAAUGUUAAGACAAAUUCUCAGACUCAGCCUCAAGAAACAUCAAGAAGACGCUCAAAAUCCAGGCCUAGUCGUUCCACCGUAAAGAAAUCCAACCAAGGUUCUCUUCGGUACGUUCCUAUCAUUCGUAAUUCACAGGAAAUGCCCGCGGUUGCUGAAUCAAACGUUGAGCAUAAGGAUGCUCAGAUAGGAGGCCCACUCUCUCCCGUGGUUCACGACUCUCAUAGAGAUGAAUUGGAGGAAGGGGAAAUUUAUCAGACUGGGUUGGAGGAAUCUCUUGCUGAUCAGUCUUAUACGAUGGGUCAUAAGGGGAUCCAAGAGCCAGAAACUGACCAGGCUGUGGCUGUAGCUGUAGCUGCCGUAACUGCACAGGUUGUACCGGUUGGGGUUGGUGAUGACACUGCUGCUGCUGCAGUGACUGUGGCGAAUGAGGAAGCUUCUGGUGCUGUGUCUAAUGAGGUCGAAGUGGCUAAUGAGGUCGCAGUGGCUAAUGAGGUCGCUGUGGCCAAUGAGGUCGCUUCUGGUGCUGCGGCUCAUAAGGUAGAUGCGGAAAAUGAGGUCGCUGCUGGUGCUGCGGCUCAUGAGGUAGCUGUGGAUAAUGAGGACGCUUCUGGUGCUGCGGCUGGUGUGCCUGCUUCAGAGGUAUUGUCAUCAGAGGAACUUUGUGACCCUGAUGGAGAUCAGGAUCGAGACAACCCUUUUAUCCUGGUUAAAAACAGGAAGAGUAGCCGCAAGGCUACAAAACAGGAUGCUUCGGGUCGUAUUGUACUUGUCUGGGACCCGACCGUUACUCUGAUUAUCUACGAUGCUACAGCUCAAUCAGUCACAUGCGGGGUAUCUAUUCUUUCGGAAAACAUCUCUUUGACAGUUACUUUUAUCUAUGGGUUUAACUUGGUGGAAGAUCGGAGGUGUAUGUGGAACCACCUAGUUCAGUUGCAAGACUCUUCUCCGGUUUCUUCUCAUCCUUGGUCAGUGGUGGGUGAUUUUAACCAGAUGCUUCGUACCUCUCACCAUUCCAACCAUCUCAGUUCACAAGUUGAUGUCUCGGGUAUGGAUGAAGCGAACAUUGCUCUGCAGGACGCUCAACUGUUUGAAGCGCAGGCGAAGGGUCUUCCUUUCACUUGGAGGAACAGUCAGGAUGAUAGCCCUAUAUCUACCAGAAUUGAUCAUGCCUUUAUUAAUCAAACUUGGUCUUCUGCUUUCCCGGACUCUUAUGCUGAAUUCUUGGAUCCGUCUCAGUCCGAUCAUGCCCCCUGCCUUUUUCGGGUCCCUUCAAUCAGACGACAGGUUAUCAAACCAUUUAAAUUUUUUCAUCAUGUGAUUGAUCACCCUGAGUAUGCAGGGACAGUGAGGGACGCCUGGGACUGCAGUCAGAUUACCGGGACUGAUCAAUACAAGCUGGUUCGAUCUCUUAAGCUGUUAAAAAGGCCUUUGCGUAGGCUUAACAAGAGACAUUUCAGUGGUAUAUCCCAGAGGGUUAAAGCACAUAAAGAUAGGGUUGAUGUGCUUCAGAGAGCUCUGCUUACUACCCCUGACGUUCCGACGGCUCGAGAAGAGCAUACUGAGAGAGAUAAGCUUAAUAUUCUACUCAAGGCAGAGGAGAAGUUCUACAGACAGCGCUCUAGAGUUAGAUGGGCAGAUGUAGGAGACCGGAACACACCCUUUUACCACCGGACUGUCUCCAGCCAUGCUUCACGAAAUCAUAUACAUCUCCUCAAAAAUGCUAAUGAUCAUGUCUUCUACUCCACGGCUGAGAUAAAAGCUCAUGCUGCAGAAUAUUUCCAAGGGAAGUUACAGCAGCGGAGGUAA